AUGAUUUUCAAGCGAUAUCUCUUCAAAGGGAAACCUAAGAUCAUUGAAAAGACAGAUUUUCACCAUGAAUAUUCCAUACGACCUGAUACUUUUGCAUUUAAAGUACCAUCUUCUCCAAAAGCAUUAAACCCAAUACAAGCAAUCUAUAGAUAUGCUACAAACUUUCCAUUCGAGGGAACCCCCGAUACAGUUUACAAUUCGUAUCCUAUGGCAAAUUCACAGAAAUUAUCCAAAUUUAAUCAUAGACCCAAACGUGUGAAAAUGACAACAGGGGAUUUCAUUGAAGAUUCAUUGUAUCAUCCCAAAUACGGGUAUUUCUCACAACAAGUCGAGAUUUAUCAAUCUGAAAAACCAUUUGACUAUAAUAAUAUUGAAGAUAUUGACGAGUUUAUGGAAAAUUGGAGUAAAUCAUAUGAAAGAUACGAGCAGGAUGCAGUUCCACCACCACAACCAACAGCGUCAUUACCUGCCCCUAAUACAUCAUCUAAAUUUGCUGCCAUGGCACAUCUGAUCCAACAACAAGAUAGACAAGUAAUGGAACUGGGAUAUAGGAAAUCAUUGCAAUUAUGGCAUACACCCACCGAGUUAUUCCAUCCGUAUUAUGGUGAAGCUUUAGCAAGAUACAUCUUGAUGAAUUACAAAUUAAAUGUUUAUCCUUAUGAUGAUUUGAUUAUUUAUGAAAUGGGCGGUGGUAACGGUACACUUAUGUGUGAUAUCUUAAACUAUAUUCGUAAGAAUCAACCAGAGAUUUAUGAAAGAACUCAAUAUAAAAUUAUCGAAAUUUCUAGUCAGUUGGCAAACAAACAAAUGAAGCAAGCAUUGGAUAAUAAACUUACUUCUCAAGGAUUGGAUUCUUCAAAAUUGGAAAUUUUCAACAAAUCUAUAUUUGAAUGGAAACAGGUGGUCAACGAUCCUUGCUUCUUUAUUGCAUUGGAAGUGUUUGAUAAUUUCUCGCAUGACUUAAUCAGAUAUGACAAUGCUACAGGUCAGCCUUAUGAAGGGAAAGUAUUGAUUGAUCAACAUGGUGAUUUCUAUGAGUUUUUCUCUCCAGAUUUGAGUCAUUAUUCAGAUGCAUACUUACGUUUAAGAGAAAAUGGGAAACACUCCGUCUUGAAACAAGCAUCGACAUUCAGUGGGAAAUUAUCUGCAUUCAAAAGUUUAGUCAGUGAUGAUGUUCAUCCAUUAUUGCAUUCAUCAGCAAUGUUAAAAUUGAAAAAUAUGGUUUUACCUUACGAUAGUAAUCUCACACCUGGUGAAUUUAUUCCUACUAGAUUGUUGCAAUUUUUCCAGAUAUUAAAAUACAAAUUCCCUAACCAUCUGUUAAUAUCAUCCGAUUUUCAUUACUUACCAAAGAAGAUUUCUGGAUGUUAUAACGGACCAGUCGUUCAAACUGUGCUUAAAAACGAUAUGAUAGAUGUAUCUACUUAUAUGGUUCUCCAAGGAUACUUUGAUAUAAUGUUUGCAACAGAUUUUGAUAUUGCCAGUGAAAUGUACAAACAAGUUACGGGAAAAGCUCCAAGAGUCGAGUCACAUAGAGAGUUCCUAGAGCAAUGGGCAGAUACAGAUAUCACCACUACUAAAACUGGAGAAAAUCCCAUGUUGGACUUUUAUAAAAAUGUCAGUUUUAUGGUUAGUUGA